UGACAGGAAAGGUGUCCAAUGGCCGGGAUCUGAGAAGACAGACAGCGGAGAAGAGAUUGAGAGAACAAAAAACACAGAAAACCAACAAACAACCGAGCACGUAACAACCACUAUGUGAGACUUGACUAAGCAGAUAUGAUGAUGGAAAUAAACAAGGACAAUCCUCAUGAACUGAAUAAAGCUGACGAAACGCAUCAUAAUAUUACAACAAGACAGAAUGUUGCACAGAAACGAACUCUGAGAACAGGAGACAAACUGUGCGAAAAGAGAUGGACGCCAUACGGAUCGCUCGAUGAUUCACAGUGAAGAGAAGCCCACGUGUCAUCACUGUGGGAAGAGUUUCAGCAGAAAAUCGAACUUUGCAAUGCACAUAAAAAUACACACUGGAGAGAAACCAUUCGCGUGCCAUCAGUGUGAAAAAACUUUCCUAAAUACAAAAGAACUUAAGAUACACACAAGAACUCACACUGGCGAGAGACCAUACACUUGUCACGAGUGUGGAAAAAGUUUUUCCCAAAAACGAAACUUGAAGAGACAUAAGAAAAUCCACACUGGAGAGAAACCAUUCACGUGUCAUCACUGUGCAAAGAGUUUCAUUCAAAGAAGUCAACUUAAGGGACACAUGAGAAGUCACACUGGACAGAAACCAUUCACGUGUGAUCUGUGUGGAAAGAGUUUUUCAUGUCUAGUAAACCUUAAGAUUCACGCAAGAGUUCACACUGGAGAGAAACCCUUUCCAUGCCUUCAGUGUAACAACAGUUUCAAAAGUAAAUCUAACCUUACAGCACACAUGAAAAUUCACAGUCAAGAGAAACCUUUCGUUUGUCUUCAGUGUCAAAAGUGUUUCAGGAAUAAAAGUAAACUUAAGAGACACGUGACAAUUCACACUGGAGAGAAACCUUUUGCAUGUCAUCUGUGUGGAGGGAGUUUUACCCGUAAAGAGGCUCUUCAGAUGCACAUGACAGUUCACACUGGAGAGAAACCAUUCACGUGUGAUCUGUGUGGAAGUAGUUUUACCCGUAAAGAUGCUCUUCAGAUACACAUGAGAAUUCACACUGGAGAGAAACCAUUUGCAUGUCAUCUGUGUGAGAAGAGUUUUACAAGUAAAGGCACUCUUCGGAUACACAUGAGAAUCCACACUGGAAAGAAACCAUUCACGUGUGAUCUGUGUGGAAAGAGUUUUUCAUGUCUAGUAAACCUUAAGAUUCACGCAAGAGUUCACACCGGAGAAAAACCCUUUCCAUGCCAUCAGUGUAACAACAGUUUCAAAAGUAAAUCUAACCUUACAGCACACAUGAAAAUUCACAGUCAAGAGAAACCUUUCAUUUGUCUUCAGUGUCAAAAGUGUUUCAGGGAUAAAAGACAACUUAAGAGACACAUGACAAUUCACACUGGAGAGAAACCUUUUGCAUGUCAUCUGUGUGAAAAGAGUUUUACAAGUAAGGGCACUCUUCGGAUACACAUGACAGCUCACACUGGAGAGAAACCAUUCAAGUGUGAUCUGUGUGGAAAGAGUUUUUCAUAUCUAUCCAGCCUUAAGAUGCACGCAAGAGUUCACACCAGAGAGAAACCGUUUACAUGCCAUCAGUGUGGAGGGAGUUUUACCCGUAAAGAUGCUCUUCAGAUACACAUGAGAAUUCACACCGGAGAUAAACCAUUUUCAUGUCAUCUGUGUGAGAAGAGUUUUACAAGUAAAGGCACUCUUCGGAUACACAUGAGAAUCCACACUGGAAAGAAACCAUUCACGUGUGAUCUGUGUGGAAAGAGUUUUUCAUAUCUAUUUAGCCUUAAGAUUCACGCAAGAGUUCACACUGGAGAGAAACCCUUCCCAUGCCUUCAGUGUAAAAGCAGUUUCAAAAGUAAAUCUAACCUGACAGCACACAUGAAAAUUCACAGUAAAGAGAAACCUUUUGUUUGUCUUCAGUGUCAAAAGUGUUUCAGAGAUGAAAGUCAACUUAAGAGACACAUGACAGUUCACAUGGAGACAAACCAUUCAGAUGCUAUCAAUGUGAAAAGUGUUUCAAAAGAAAAUCUCGCCUCAACACACACGUGAGAAUUCAUGCUGGAAAGAAACCAUUCCCAACUGUGGAGUAAUGAUAUACACAUGAGUGGACUUUCUGUUGUAAAGUCUCAAGUGCAAUUCAUAUGUUUGCUUAGGACCUACGACGUAGGCUAUGCCGCAGUUUUCAAUUAUUCUUCUGCGACAUUGUGUGUGGAGCAAAGGUUGGCCAAACUUUUAUCCAGCCCACGAAACAGUUAAAGGCGGAGUCCACGAUGUUUGAAAAACGGUUUGGAAAAGGAGACGGGCCGACUACCAAAACACACUUAUAGCCAAUCAAAUCAAAUCAAAUGCCGGGUUGCGUAUGUGUGGGGCGGGUCUAUCAACAGAAGGUCCAGAUUCUAUUGGGGUAGGGGCGUGUUUGUUUAGGCGAUUUCAAAUAUCAACACUGGCUUUCAAACAUCAUGGACUCCGCCUUUAAUAAUCAUAAUAAACAGUAUUACUCAUUUGAUGCAAUACCAUCAGCAUCCAAAGGAUGUCGCUAGCACUGAAAAACUUGGCUGAAAAAUGACACACUGAAUUUUGUGUGUUUAAAAUAGAAUGUACAACAAAAUACUACACUAACAUCAGACAGAAGCCAUUAUGUGUUAUUUGUCAUUUUUAAAUUUUAAUUUUAAUAUACUGUUUACUGAUUUGGCCUUAAGAGAAUGAAGUAUGCUUUAACUACAUUAAGCAUAUUUUUUUAUUUGUUGUAACCACAAAUUUACUGUGGUCUCAUCAUGGUAUUUUAUUUGUAGUAAAACAAAUGGGAAUUAAUCUGCAAAAACAUGGUUACUAAUCAUAUUUUUUGGUGUAUUAAUUACUUUCAGCAAAACUAUAGUUUUACUACACUUACAUUAACUAUGUUUUUACCAUGGCUUUACUACAGUAACCAUUUUCUUUUACUGUAGUAAAAACAUGGUUAAUUUUCAUAAGGGAUGAAUCUGACAUUUUGGUUUUGGUUUAAAAACAUACAGGAAUUUGAAAAUAAAAUGCAGGACUUGCUUGAUGUUUAAAGUGUUAUUAACUCUUUCGCCGCCAUUGACGAGAUAUCUCGUCAAUCAAGAGAUAACGCUUCUCCGCCAAUGACGAGUCUUUCUGCAAUACCGCUAUUAUUCACUAGGUGGCGCCCUUCCGCAACUUUUUAAACCCGGAAGAAUUGCCCUAUGGCAAGCUGCUGCAUGUCUGUGUCUGUUUUAAAGAUCGCUCUGAAUGGGAUCUCUAUGAAAAGUCCAUCACAAAAAUUGAAUUUUCUCUGCUUUUUGCUCAAAAUGUGGUGUUUUUGCAGAAACCUACUCCAUAUUCAAAAGCUGAUUACAAAAGAACUACUGAAGGUAGGAUGAAAAGGUUUUUUGUUUGUUUGAAAGCAGAGGGUCUGUUAUUUCAUUUGGUAUAUUGUAUGUUUAUAUAUUUGAAGAAGAACAUUUUCUGGAAGGCAUUAAACUUUUGUGAAAAUUCUGAAAAACGCUGGCGCUGGCUGGCAACUUUUUUUUGUAAAACGCUGGCGGCGAAAAAGUUAAGAGAAAUAAAGUUCGGGAACUGAUUUAUGUUAAAAAGUUAUUAAGAUCGACAAGACUCGCGCUGACUGACAGAUCCGAAAGCGAUACCAACUUGAUCUCACAAAUUUCCGUGCAAUAGUCACGCAUUAUUUUGCUCAGUUUUGCGUGACAUUGUCACUUAUUUCCACCAUUUUACGUGCCCCGCCACGACUUUCUUUUCCGUGACAGUUUCACGUAUUGGUUACUCAACUGUUGCGUUCGGGUCUUUGACGUUAACUUACUCAUGCGUUAAUGCCGUCCCGUUAAAACGCGAUCGCCUUUCAGGAUGAAUAAUGCCGUUAAAAAAAAUAUAUAUAUAUAUACAUGUUUGCUUUACGGAGCCUUCGCGUGGUGAGUCUCGUUUAGUUGAGAAGACAGAGAUAUUUUAAUUAGGAAGACAUCACCCUUCGGUGUUUACCAUGAACCGUAACUCCUCAGGCAAUCAAUAUGAUCAGUGACACCUGUUGCGGCCGAAGCUCAGGCAAUCAUCAGUGACACCUGUGCAAGCGUCCAGUGAGUUGCUUUGGUCGAUUACAGUUUACGUUAAACAGGACUGCAUUGUAUUAAUCUGUUCAUUGAAAUGAAACGGCCUCCUUGCGUUUUUGUGCCAAGUUUGCGAGCUUCCCUAAAUAAGGGACUUUGGCAAAGAUGAGUUGCGUUCGAAGGGGCUGGUCAAACAACGCCUACCGUAACCUUGUGUUGCAGUCUGUGAGAACGAGUGGCAAAUGAGACCGAGUAGCAUAUCGUGAAUGAGAGAUCCUGGGAAAAGGUUAAAUUGGCAUGAAAACGUCGCGGGCCGAGUAAACACACCGAAUUCACAAACAAGCAGAGGAAGGGCGAGCGGUUUGACAUCCGAUAACAAUCGCUUUGAAAACGUUUGGUUUACACUAAGCAUCGAGCAAUGAACUUCAGCUACGACACCUACGGGCAGCAGGAGAGAGUGUUAGUUCAGCGUUUAAAUAGUCGGCAUUGAGCUGUGAUUGGUAAGCCGAUUUUAUGAAUGAAUGACGUGGUAUUAGAGUCUUCCUGGUAGAACUUACGCUGACGCUUUCAUUGCUCUAACAAAUCCUAAAAUUUCACUUCUCAGAGUUUUUAAAAAUAAAUGUAAAUCGUGUGUAAAUGUGAGGAGAUCCUGAUGGGACGAAAGUAACACUUGUUACUUUUGUCCCGCUGCUAAUACUGUUGUAUAUGUUGAAAAUUAAUAUUAUCUAAUUUGAUUUAAUUUCAUUUGCAUAGUGUUUAAACUGUUGAAUUUUUUUUUAUUCUUAACAAUUUAAGUUAAGUGUACUGUUGGUUGCUUUUGAAACAUUUGAUAAAACUGGAAUGUAAAAUAAAAAUGUACACUGUAAAAAAAUUCCGUAGAAAUUUCAAUGUUAUUGCAGCUGGGUUGCCGGUAAUUUACCGUAGAUUUACAUUUAUGUUAUUUACUGGCAAGAGUUUGUUUAAAGUUAAAUACAUUUUAAAUAUUAACAAGUCUUUAUCUUCACAGAAUAAAACUAUACAAUAACAGCCUCAGAAAUCAUCAUCAACCUUUUUCUGUUUUUUGCUUCAGAUUUUGUUUCCCAGAAUGUUUUGCUUGAUGCUGUUUUUUUAGUUUUACUCUGUAAAGACAAAGACUUGUAAAUGUUUAAUGUUCAUUUAACUUUGAACAAACUCUUGCCAGUAAAUAACAUAAAUG